AAUGAAGCCGCCGGGAAUGCCAGUGUGCCUCGGAGGCCUGCCCCUGGCUUCAUCACCGCCUCUCCCCCUCCCUCACGCGAUUCCCUGCUCCCCGCAGCCCCGCUGGGACUCUACUUCUCCAGGGACGCUUACUGGGAGAAGCUGUACGUGGACCAACCGGCCGGGACGCCCCUGCUCUACGUGCACGCCCUGCGUGACGCCCCCGAUGAGGUGCCCAGUUUCCGCCUCGGCCAGCACCUCUACGGCGCCUACCGCAAACGGCUGCACGGGAACGACUGGAUUCGCAUCCAGGAGGACACGGGCCUUCUCUACCUGAACUGGAGCCUGAACCACAGCUCCUGGGAGAAGCUCAACAUACGCAAUGGCGGCUUCCCCCAGCUCACCGUCUACCUCCAGGUCUUCCUGUUGCCCACACCCCUGCGUGAGGGCGAAUGCCAGUGGCCAGGCUGUGCCCGCAUCUACUUUUCCUUCAUCAACGCCUCCUUCCCGGCGUGUGGCUCCCUCAAACCCCGGGAGCUCUGCUUCCCCGACAGGGAGCCCUCCUUUCGAAUUCGGGAGAACUGGCCUCCGGGCACCUUCCACCAGUUUCGCCAGCUGGCAGUGCAGUUCCUCUGCCCCAACAUCAGCAUGGCCUACAGGCUCCUGGGAGGUGAGAACCUGCCCUUCCGCUGCGCCUCCGACAGCCUAGAGGUGAGCACACGGCGGGCCCUGGACCGCGAGCGCCAAGAGAAGUAUGAGCUGGUGGCUGCCUGCACAGUGCGCAUGGGCGCACGCGAGGUGGAGGAGGUGAUGGUGCCCUUCCCCGUGACUGUGUACGACGAGGACGACUCAGCGCCCUCCUUUCUGGAUGGUGUUGACACCGCCAGUGCCGUCGUGGAGUUCAAGCGGAAGAAGGGCACUGUGGUGGCCACCCUGCAUGUCUUCGAUCCGGAUGUGGUGCCAGCGUCCGGGGAGCUCCUGAGGCGGUACACAAGCACGCUGCUUCCCGGAGAUGCCUGGGCCCUCCAGACCUUCCGUGUGGAGCACUCACCCAAUGAGACCUUGGUCCAGGCCGACGGCAGUUUCAUCCGGGCAACGGUGCAUGACUACAGGCUGGUCCUCAACCGCAGCCUCCCCAUCUCGGAGAGCCGCACCCUGCAGCUGGCUGUGUUGGUCAAUGACUCCAGCUUCCAGGGCCCUGGGGAGGGCACCCUCCUCCUCCACUUCAACGUGUCGGUGCUGCCGGUCAGCCUGCGCCUGCCCAGUGCCUACUCCUUCACCGUGAGCAGGCGGGCCCACCUCUUUGCCCAGUGCACCCAGCUCCAGUACACGGUGGUGGCCACCGACCAGCCAACCGGCAGCCAGGCCCAGGGCCCGCUGCUCAUCACCGUGGAGGGGACGUACGUGGCUGAGGAGCCAGGCUGCCCCCUGUCCUGCGCCAUCAGCAAGAGGCGGUCCGAGUGUGAGGAGUGCGGUGGCCUGGGCUCUCUGACAGGCAGGUGCGAGUGG